AAGGAAACUUUGAUGGUUAGCGCAUUCUAGGUACCUACCUAGCUUUUGAUUUUUGACUUUUCCUAUCACAUCCAUAGUUACCUCUUCCUAAAUUUGACAUCAUCAUCAUCUUCUUCUUCCAACUUCAAGUGCCUUGUAUUAUAUAAAAAUUGCAAUGCGCUUGGCAUUACCCUUUGCCGCCUCAUGCUCCUACGACAGCUCCAGCGGCAACCUUUACGAUCGGUAGUCGCAACAGUAGCAGCAUCAGCAUCAGCAGCAUGGCGGUCCACAUCUACGAGGCAGUUGCACGAUAGCAGCAAGCCACCACCAUCACCAUUGUCACCACCAACACCACCACAACCGUCGACCCAGCCAGAAGACCACAAUGCCACCACUACUGCCACUAACCAAAUACCACAACCACAACCACAACCACAACCCCCAAACAAAACCCCCUCCCUCUUCGAGAAGCUCUUCCCGGACGAAACCAACCAUUUCGGCGACGACCCGAUCCCCAUCGAAACCCUCGCCUCCCAGCUCCUCGACGACUUCGCCUUUUCCCCCCUCGGCGAUGACCUACCCCCCACCUCUCCUUUCUCGGACCAAAUCAUCCCGCUGCGCGCGCAGUCCAUGCUGAUCCUCUCGUCGGCCUCCAAGCACCUGACCGAGAGCGACUUCCUGCGUCUCGGCGCGCGGGGCGCGCACGUCGAGGGCUGGGUCGGCGGCAUCCUGCGCGUCGUGCAGGCGCGGGACCCCGACACCCUGGCCCCGCUAGGCCACUACUUCGUGCUGUUUGACAGCGCCGCCGCCGCCACCUCGUACCGGGACGCCGUGCAGCGGCUCUGGGAGCUGGGAAAAACCUACAUCCCGGGGGCGCACCACGGCAAAACAGCCUCGCGACGCGUGGCCCCUUUACCCGACGGCCUGCGCACGGCGCCCGAUGGCACGGACGUGGCGGCCGCCCUGCGCGGGUUCACGCUCGUCCCCCCCUCGCAGCGCCUGAACCUCGAGAUCUCGCACGCCCUGAGCCCCGAGCGCCUGCAGGCCCUGGACGUCGGCGGCAACGCCGCCUUCGUUGACCGCCUCGCCGCCCGCGCCGGCUCCUCCCACCUCGUCCUCGUCUCCUUCAGCGGGGGCCGCGUCUCCGUCGAGACCCUGCAGCAGGCCAUCCGCGAGGACGGGCUGGAACGCGGCCUGCCCUGGCGGGUCACCGAUCUCGAGAACGGGAUCCUGCCGUUUGGGAAGAGCAUCCUCAAGAGCCAUGAUCGGGACACGGGCAACGUCGAGCUGAGCAGUCUGCAGAAUGAGGGCGGACGGGCUUUGGGGUGGAAGGAUAGGGAGGAUACGCCUGCAAGGGCGGGAGAAGGAAAGCCAGCAGGACAAGAGGUAGAAGGCCAAGGAGAAGAAGAAAAGGCAAAAGCAAGCGAAGGAGAGCCAGAUCCUACCACCACUACCACCACCCCCGCAGACGACAAAAGAUACAGACAGUACCCGCGGUUCAUCAUCCCCUUCACCGACGACGCCGAGGCGCACCGCUUCGUCCGGUACUGGCACCGCCGCGAGCUGCGGCUGCAGAUGAGCCUCGAGGGGGAAAAGGGGGAGGUGUCGUGGGACGAGACGAGGAUAUUCAAUACCGAGGUGCUGUGGUGAAAGGAAGUUGAAAAUUCAAAAUGCAAUUGUAAAAGGCAAGGUUAUAAAGUCAAAUUUUAAAAUCAAUGUAAAUCACCUUGGGCAGUGUGAAGAAAAUACCCAAGGUGCCAUAUACUCUCUUCAUUACCUAACCUAGGGUGCAAGGGAUUGUGAAAAGAUUCUGGUUCAAAUGUCACAUCACAUCACAUCACAUAUAUAUUCAGGAAAAGUCAAAAGCACAAAAGAGAACAGAUACGAUGACUGGAAAAGUAUAUUAAGCCCCAUAUCAACCAAACUCCUCCAAAUAUAGUCGCCCUCACUAUGCCCUUCCCCAGGCCUCAUUCUUCAUGUAUCUGUGGUACGUUGCGUGUUGUGUGGUUUCUGUGUGAUCAGUGUCUAUCGUGAAGCAAGCUUGGCUUUCUUCUGGCCUGCUCUGCCCCCACCCUCCCCCUUCCCCC